UUUAUUUUGUUAUGUCUGUCUUGCUCGAGUGUUGUGCGAUCUUCACUAUUCUACUCUGCAUUUCAGGUAGCACGCUAAUCAAACCCCUGGAGAGGAGAUUGCAGGGGUGCUUAAAAGAGGGUAGUACUGUUCAGUAUGUGUGUCAAGGACAAGUUACAAGUACAGAAGACACACUUAUCUGGGAUGGAGGUGCCUUUCAAUGCUUUGGAACUGGCAGCUCUAAUACUAACAGAAUAACAUUACGUCUCUCUGGGAACAGCAAUGACAGUUGUGGGGAAUUUACAGCUAAUUUAACAGUGACAAGCCAAUCGUUUACGUCAAUUCUAACAUUUACUGCUGAUAUUGGAUUGCACGAUAAAGAAAUUGUCUGUAGAGUGAAUACUAUGGUUUGUGGAAUGGAUACCCUUAAAGUUGGUGGCAGGCCAAAACCUCCUCUAAAUAUCAUUCUUGCGUUUCCACGAAGUGAUGUGUGCAUUUUCAGUUGGGACAAUAACGUCACUGAGGCUCCUGUUACAGUUGAUAAUUUCUAUAUUACAACCAUAGGGAAAUGCGGUCAGUGUGACAAUGAAGGUCUAGUUCCAUUAAGUACUUCAAGAUUCAAAUGCAAAGGAUGGACACCCGAUGGAACAACCUGCACCUUUAACAUUCAAAGUCGUUCUAGUGACUGUCACUUCCGUAGUGACCCGGCUAGUUACACAGUUGUCCUAGACAACACUCCAGCUAGGAUAACAGGUGUUAGCUUUAACUGCUCAGCACCUGGUAGCCUACUUGAUCCAAUCGUGAGGGUGCAAUGGCAGGUGGAUACUAUUAUUGACAGAGACCAGAUUGAUGCUGCUAGAAGAUUGCCUGAUCCCCUCAACUUUAUAAUUUCGAUUAAUAAUCUUCAAAAUCAGAGUGCAGCAACUAGCACAACUGUGCCCUAUACAGAUCGUAGCUAUGAACAACGUCUCAAUCCAGGGUACUACAAUGUCACUGUGUGGAAUCGAAAUGUAGUUAAUCCAAAUGGAACAUCCAGUGCUGAGUAUAUGAUAAAUGUCCCAACAUCACUGUUCGCUGAUGAGAUUGCUACUGAUAGCAAUGGAUACCCCUGUAUCAGAGUGGCAAUUAACAACAGUUGUCUACAAUGCGCUUCAUCCUUUUCUGGACAACUUGCAUAUAAAAAUGGAUCAUGUGGGACUAACGAAGCAUUUAAGUUCUCCAACCGUACUAUGCAGUUUGACAGUAACAUGCAAGCAUGUGUGCCGUUUGAGGACAUUCUUGAGACAGAAGUAUGCUACUAUGUACUGGUUCAUUCUAUUAAAGACAAUUAUGCUCAGGCUGUUGCACAAAGUAUUGAAAAACCUGUUUUGCUUUUCCCUUGUAAUGCGACCAAAAUUCCUUUGGAAUUCAAUACAAGUGUUGAAGGUUUUAUUCGUCAUAAUCAACUUAUCGACUUGGCAUGUAUAGACAACGAAUUGAUGGUUCUAAAUGGACCGAACGAAAUACGUUGUGUGAAUGGUACAUUUUUGCCUUCAGUGGAUAACAUAUUUUGCGCUGUCGAGAAUCCACAAUGUCCCAUCAUGGAUUCUUAUGAGAGAAGUGGACUGAUGAUAGCUUUUCUUAUCAUUGGUUGGAUUUGUGCAUUACCAACAUUCGUUUGGAUUAUAAGUGGGGUUGCAAUUGGAGCUAUUGAUUGGUUCCGAAGGAAAAAAUAGAAAUGGAAAUGGACACUUGAACAAUAAUAGUUUUAGCAGCAGUAUAGUAGAUCCACGUUGGCUCAGUAUAGUCAGUCAGACUCAUGCAGGUGAAGUUGCAUGGAAGCCUAAGUCUUAAUAGUCAAUUUAUAUGUUUUAACCGGGUUGUUUCCAUUGAUAUCUAAUUUAUGUUCAACACUGAGAUAUUAUAAAAAAUAUUU